CUAGUACUAGUACAACCCUAGAGUGUUGUUCUAUGAUAAGAGAGUGACACUUCCACUACUGUUUUCUCAUCUUCAACAAAUAUCUUCAGAGUGAUUGAGCUUCAUUCUCUGCUGUCAAAAAUGGAAACCAAGCCUACAGAAAUAAGCAGUUCCAAGAUGUUUGGAGGUCACAACAAAAGAUACAAACACUACAGCCCAACUCUUGGAUGUUCUAUGAAUUUCCACAUCUUUUUUCCUCCUUCUUUUUCUCCUUCUAAAAAAUUCUCUGUGCUUUACUGGCUCUCGGGCUUAACAUGCACAGACGAGAACUUUAUAGCUAAAUCUGGUGCCCAACGUGCUGCUUCGAGUGAGGGUGUGGCAUUGAUUGUACCAGAUACAUCUCCAAGAGGCCUAAAUGUGGAAGGAGAGUCAGACAGCUGGGAUUUUGGUGUAGGUGCUGGUUUCUAUCUAAAUGCAACACAAGAGAAAUGGAAGAACUGGAGGAUGUAUGACUAUGUGGUCAAAGAAUUGCCAACACUUCUUCAUGAAAACUUUCCAGAACUUGAUACAUCACGGGCAUCUAUCUUUGGUCACUCUAUGGGUGGGCAUGGAGCACUGACAAUCUAUCUGAAAAACCUGGAUAAAUAUAAGUCAGUAUCAGCCUUUGCUCCUAUUGCAAAUCCUAUUGAUUGUCCCUGGGGCCUGAAGGCUUUCACAAACUACCUGGGUGAAAACAAAGCUGAUUGGGAGGAAUAUGAUGCUACCUGUCUUGUAUCAAAAUAUAACAAUGUCUCUGCUACCAUUCUUAUUGAUCAGGGAGAGGACGACAAAUUCUUAAAGGAUCAACUGCUCCCACAAAAGUUUGAGGAGGCAUGCAGAAAGGUUAAUGUUCCUCUACUGCUGCGGCUGCAACCGGGUUAUGACCACUCUUACUUUUUCAUUUCCACCUUUAUUGAUGAUCACAUUCUUCAUCAUGCCCAAGCCCUUAACCUUUGAUUUGGUUAAGCUUCCAUUUCUGUUGAAGCUUUUCUGGAAAUGUAAUGGAGGACGACUUAAGCAAAGUUAGUAGUGGUGCACUUUUCGUGUGGCGGAAAAUACGUUGCGGUACUUAAUGAGACAUGUAAUAUCAAAUAAAAGUGUGUUUCCUGUCACUUUGUGUCUGCCUUUUUUGUUGCUCUUUAACUUUCUAUGUAUGGAGUAUGAGUCUCUAAAAGUUUAGUAAACUAUUGAAAGUUAUCCAA